UCCAAGGCAGAGAUGCGGCACACCUGCCGGGGUACCAUCAACCUGGCCACAGCCAAUAUUACAGUAGAGGACUCCUGCAAUUUUAUCAUUUCCAAUGGCGGGGCACAGACCUACCAUUUGAAAGCCAGCUCAGAAGUUGAGAGGCAGCGCUGGGUUACAGCCUUGGAGCUGGCCAAGGCCAAAGCGGUGAAGAUGCUGGCAGAAUCAGAUGAGUCAGGUGAUGAAGAAUCGGUUUCUCAGACAGACAAGACUGAACUGCAGAAUACCCUGCGCACUCUCUCCAGUAAGGUGGAGGACCUCAGCACCUGUAAUGACCUGAUUGCCAAGCACGGAACCGCACUGCAGCGCUCUCUCAGUGAGCUGGAGACCCUCAAGCUGCCCACUUCCAAUGCUAUGAUCAAUGCUUGCCGGGACUUCCUGAUGCUGGCCCAGACACACAGCAAGAAGUGGCAGAAAUCUCUCCAGUAUGAGCGUGACCAGCGCAUCCGUUUGGAGGAGACGUUGGAGCAGUUGGCUAAGCAGCACAACCACCUGGAAAGAGCCUUCCGUGGGGCCACGGUACUACCAGCCAGUGCCCCGGGCAGCAUGGAUGCCAGUAAAGAUCGAUGUUACCCAUCUAAGGGGGAUCUGAGUGAUGAAGAUGAUGACAAUGAAUUCUUUGACGCUCCUGAGAAUAUUGCAAUGCCUGAAAACAUGGGCCACAAACGAACUGGCAGCAACAUUAGUGGUGCUAGCAGUGACAUCAGUCUCGACGAGCAGUAUAAACACCAGCUGGAGGACACCAAGAAGGAGAAGAGAACCCGAAUUCCCUACAAACCAAAUUAUAGUCUCAACUUGUGGAGCAUCAUGAAGAACUGCAUUGGCAAGGAACUCUCCAAGAUCCCCAUGCCAGUUAACUUCAAUGAGCCCUUAUCCAUGCUGCAGCGCCUCACAGAGGACCUGGAAUAUCAUGAGCUGUUGGACCGGGCAGCCACGUGUGAGAGCUCCCUGGAGCAACUCUGUUAUGUGGCUGCUUUUACUGUAUCAUCUUACUCCACCACUGUCUUCCGCACGAGCAAGCCAUUCAACCCCCUCUUAGGAGAGACCUUUGAGCUAGACCGGCUGGAAGAAAAUGGCUACCGCUCUCUCUGUGAGCAGGUGAGCCACCACCCCCCAGCGGCUGCUCAUCAUGCUGAAUCCAAGCAUGGCUGGACCCUUCGGCAGGAAAUCAAAAUCACCAGCAAGUUCCGUGGCAAAUAUCUCUCUAUCAUGCCACUUGGUACCAUCCACUGUAUCUUCCAUGCAACUGGCAAUCACUACACAUGGAAAAAGGUCACCACCACAGUACACAACAUCAUAGUGGGCAAAUUAUGGAUAGACCAGUCUGGCGAGAUCGAGAUUCUGAAUCACAAGACCAGUGAAAGGUGUAUUCUCAAGUUUGUUCCUUAUAGCUACUUCUCAAGAGAUGUGGCCAGAAAGGUCACUGGAGAGGUACUAGAUUCCUUGGGGAAAGUGCACUUUGUGCUACUAGGCACUUGGGAUGAGAAGAUGGACUGUUUCAGGGUGACAGCAACUAGCAUGGAGAAUGGUAGUGAAAGCCGGCAGAGAACACACGAAGCAGAGGACAGUAGGGUCUUGCUGUGGAAGAGGAACCCACUCCCGAAGAAUGCCGAGAACAUGUACUAUUUCUCAGAGCUGGCUUUGACGCUUAAUGCUCUGGAAAGUGGUACUGCUCCCACGGACAGCAGGCUUCGGCCUGACCAGCGACUCAUGGAGAAUGGACGCUGGGAUGAGGCCAAUGCAGAGAAGCAGCGCCUUGAGGAGAAGCAGCGCAUCUCCCGCAAAAGACGUGAAGCCGAGGCCAUGAAGGCCACAGAGGAAGGAACUCCUUAUGACCUUUAUAAGGCACUGUGGUUUGAGCGGAAGAAAGACCCAGAUACCAAGGAGGUGGCCCACGUCUACAAGGGGGGCUACUGGGAGAGCAAAGAGAAACAGGACUGGAGUAUGUGCCCUGAUAUCUUCUGAGCUGGAAGCAGCUGGACUAUUGAGAAGAGGAGGAGGAAGAAUGGGUAGCAGAAGAAAGACGGAAGGGAGCAUCUGAUCAUGUGACUUCCUGCCUAGUGCUUUCCUCACCAAAUCUGUCUGUCUUAACCAAUCACUUGUUUUGAAUCAAUCACCCAAAGCAGAAUCCAGCAGUGGUGAUUGGCUGGGUUGCCUUAGCUGAUUGAAGCUGGUGUCUGGAUCCCUAGGUGGCUGGGGACAUGUCUGAGUCGAGGACUGCACCCUCCGCGUCCCCAUUGCUGUGCUCACAGCCCUGCACAUUUGGGGAGGAGGAAGAGGGGAACAACAUGGUGCUGUAUACAGUUUGCCUCCCUUUCCUACCUUCAGAUAGGGACAGUUCAGUAGCAUGUAGGCAAGACCAUGAAUGUGUGCUCCAAGGCAUUGUGGGCGGCGUGGUGGGAGGGAGAUGGAAGGACGUCCUGCAGUUCUGCCGUAAGGGUUGUUCUGGUUCUUCCACCCACCUGUCAGACAGCCUGUCCUUAGGCACGGUGUCAAAAGUGAGUGAGGCCUCUGAAGCACUGGGUGUCUUUCCAGGAGCAGUCAUCUGUCAGUCCACUCUGGGAGCGAAGCAGCUACUGGUGUCCUAGAAUUGGCAUGGGGGGAAGAGGCUAGCUCUGGUCCCAGCGGCACCAGUUCCUUUGGGGCUCAUUCAGAUGUCCGCGCAGUGGCAGGAAACUAAACUGUUCUCUCUCCUUCUUGACCCCACACCACUUGAGACCCCAGUAUAUUCCCCACGUGCACUCUGCUGGGACACUACGAUACAAGAUUUCCUCUGCCUAAAGCCCCUGGCAACCUCUAGCUUAAUGCACACCUGUUUAUAUGUAUAUUAUAUAUAUGUAGAGAAAAAGAGAGAUCUAAUUUUUGUUUUGAUCCCCCCGCCCCAUUCCUCUCCCAUCCUGCGGACCCCAUUUUGUAAUAUGUGCCCUUCUUGGUCUCCUUCCACUGCCCCCAUACCAAGGGAGAUGUUCUGCAGAAAGAGUGAUAGUGGACAAUUACGUGUCUUGCCUCUUCUUUUAAAAAAUGCCAUCUGAUGUGGAAGCUGAAGCUUGGUAGCAUCAAUCGUAAAGUUGUGCAGGCAUAAACUAGAUGUCCCGCAACACUGUUGAAAAAAUAUGAACAUUGUGGGAAUUCCCAGCUGGUCUUAGACAACUCUGGUCACAUCUGCCAAAGCUGGAUCCUAAGGUUGAAAGGGUGCUGCCACCAUGUGUAGAGAUGGAUAAGGGCACAGCGGCUGCCCCAGCCAGGCUUAUACGUGGAGGGGAAUGUGAACGGCCAGGCAGCCCCGCCCUUGGCUAAGGAUCAGCAAUGAGGUGCCUUCCUCCUGUGUGUUUCUCCUUUUUGUUUUCUUUCUGUCUGUUGACUUUUGAACUUUAGCCACUGAAAAGGGGAUGGUGGUUCUGCCCAUGGCUGCUUGCCGGUGACCGGGAGAAAUGAGGCCAUGAGCCCUGCUUUCCCAGCAGCAAAGUGCAGUGUUGCUGACUGGGGAAGAAGGGGCUUUGGAUGGGGUCUCUGCAUUAUUUGCUGCUUGGAUUAAAGUCUGUUCUUUGCAGCUGGUGAAGGCUGAUACUCCCUUGGAUGGGUUAAUGGCAGGCUUUAAACAGAGAGAAUCCCUGCAGUUCUAUUUUUGGGGUUUUUUUGCCUUACUGUCUUUUUUCCAAGAAAACUAAAUUAAAUAAUGAAACCUGAAAUAUCCAGGUUGGGGUUUUGUGUGUGUGUGUCUCCCCUGCUUAAUGUUCAGGCUUAAAAGGGCUUAACGGUAUAUCCUCCUCCUGCUGG